UACAGGUCAUCGUACCAUAGUGCUACCGGUGCGGGUUGACGUGUGCUUUAAGUCUGUGUUAUGCAGCUGCACAAGGCAAUUAUUUGCUAGCAGGAUACAUGUAUUGUAAACACUAAGGUGGUAUGAGAAGUGACCGAUAACCGCUAAACUAACCAGAAUAAUAAGUUGCUACAAUGGCAGCUGAUUGGGAGGAAAUUAGACGUCUUGCAGCAGACUUUCAAAGAGCACAGUUUGCUGACACGGUUCAAAGACUGUCAGAGCGCAACUGCAUCGAAAUUGUCGCCAAACUGGUUGGAGAUAAGCAGUUGGAUGUGGUGCACACGCUGGAUGGGAAGGAGUACAUUACCCCAGCUCAGAUCAGCAGAGAGGUCCGGGAUGAGCUUUAUGUCCAUGGAGGCCGGGUCAAUAUUGUGGACCUACAACAGAUUAUUAACGUGGAUUGGGUCCAUGUUGAGGGCAGAGCCAAUGACAUUGCAAAGUCAGACAAAACUGUCCAGCUGGUACUGGGACAACUCGUUGAUGAUACCUAUCUGGACCAGCUUGCAGAGGAGGUCAAUGACAAACUGCAGGAGGCUGGCCAGGUCAGCAUUGCAGAACUCUGCAAAAGUUUUGAUCUCCCAGGGGAUUUUCUGACUGAGGUGUUGUCCCAGCGCCUUGGGAAGAUUAUCCAGGGCCAGAUGGACCAGUACAACCGAGGCGUCAUUUUCACGGAAGCGUUCCUGUCCCGGCACAAAGCACGCAUUUGUGGGCUUUUCAGUGCAGUAACUCGGCCAACACCGAUCAACAAUCUGAUAGGUCUCUAUGGAUUUCACGAACAUCUUCUGUAUUUGGUUUUGGAGGAGCUUGUGAGCAGUGGACGUCUCAAAGGCACAGUUGUGGGGGGCAGACAGGACAAAGCCGUCUACAUUCCCGACAUCUACUCCAAAACACAGAACACCUGGGUCGACUCUUUCCUCAAGCAAAACGGAUACCUUGAGUUUGACGCUUUGACCAGGCUGGGAAUCCCUGAUCCAGUGAAUUACAUCAAGAAGCGUUUCAAAACCAGCAAGCUCCUGUUCCUAAAGGCAGUCUGCGUGGGUUCAGCGAUCGUUGACCAGGUCGAGGCAUCUGUUGAGGAAGCGGUCAACUCCGGCAACUGGACUGACCUGCAGCCGAUGCUUCCGAGCUGCCUGUCCCCGGAGGACAUCAGCAUCCUGCUGAACCAGGUCCUCAGGACCGCGAACGUGCAGUCGUCGGCCAGGAUCGUGAGCGGCACCGUGGUCGUCAGCGAGAAGUUCCUCAGCAGCUGCCUCGCUCUGUUUGACGAGUCCAUGCAGCAGAGGGCAGUCAAGGAAAUAAAGAACAACCCAGUGUUUCUGAUUACUGAAGAGGACAUUAAACAAGCUUCUACUCUGCUGGAGAACACAGCCCCCUCCAGAAAAGAAAAGCGUGAAGAACAGCGGAGGAAAAAAGCCACAGAGGGCAGCGGCAGUGUGAAAGGUGGGGGAGGAGGGAACGCCAGAGAAAUAAGGAUCCGCAAAACCAAGAAGAAGAGCAGGAGGGGGGAGGAAGACAGCGAUGAGGAAACCGCAGCUGCCCCACAGAAUCGAAACAAACAAACGGAAGUCCCGUUCCUGUCCCUGGAGGAAGUGACGGCUGUUUUGGAGAAGCAUGUGUGUGACUGCCCGGAGGAUAUGCCCACUGAACUCGCAGAGCAUCUAAUGAGGCCUUUGACGAAAAUGUACCAGGAAGUUGUGCGGACGGUUUUCAUGUCCUCGACGAAUGCGAGCGGUGGAGCCAACAGGAAGCAAAACGUCAAGGAUCUGCAGGAGGAGAUCAACAACCUCUACCAUAACAUCAGGCUCUUUGAAAAAGGGACAAAGUUCUUUUCAGAUGAAACUCAGGCGAACAUUUCCAAACAUGUCUUGAAGACCGUGUGUGCCGAUGUCACCAACAUCCUUGUGAACUUUGCGGCGGCAGAGUUCAUGACAGCCGCAGAGAGUCCCAGCUCAAUCUCCAAUGAGGUCAGGGUGAAGAUUUUGGGGAAGCUGCCCGAGGAAACUAAGGCACCUCUUAUGAAGCUACACAACAGCCUCAAUGGAAAGAACAUCGAAGACUUCCUAACCAGUCUGGAACCUUCCGCUGAGGUGUGCGGGUUCUUGCUGAAGAGAGGAGAUAAGAAGAGAGAGAGGCAGGCUCUGUUCCAGCACCGCCAGGCCCUGAUGGAGCAGCUGAAGGUGACGGAGGACCCGGCGCUGGUCCUCCACCUGACCAGCGUGCUGCUGUUCCAGCUGCACACCCACUGCAUGCUGCACGCCCCGGGCCGCUGCGUCCCGCAGAUCAUAGGAACCCUCGUCGGCCGGGUCCCUGAGGAUCAACACAGACUCCUCUCCAGGUACCAGACUCUGGUGGUGAAGCAGCUGGUAGGUCAGAGUAAGAAAGGGGGGCAGGGACACUCAGAGGCGGAAAAUUUGGGGCAGGAGGGGGAGGCUGAGACCGUUCGAAAGGAACUGCAGUCCCUAACCGGCGAAGUGAAAGACCUCGUUCUGACGCCCAGGAAGACGUCCGUGACCGAGGACUGAACUACUCCGAUGGGAAAGAAGAUGAACGAUUGAUAGAAAGAACCGCCUACCCGUUAGCGAAAAGCUUAGAUGGGGCCUUCUCAUUACAGUCGGUCUCGGGCUCGCUCAAAACCAUUUUUGUUCUGAAGUUUUUGUCACAUAUACCACCAUGUGACUGUGCUUGUAGUAGCACACAAGAUUGUUGUAUUUUUUUGUUGUAUCAAGGGCAAACUGUCCUGAGAACCUUUCGUACCUUUACCUGACCAUUUCUAAGGUGGCCAGUAUGGUCUUAAAACAUUUCUGUGUACUGACUUAUGUAACACUUUAAGAUCAUGUGUGUUGGCAAUUUAGCGUUUAUUCCCCUUAAAUCGAAUCAGUCAUCGCAGACAGUACUAUUUUUAAGAUAAUUUAAAGAGCUGUCUGUAUUGAGAAUUAUUUACGCAGAAUGGAGCAAAAAUAUGUGUAAUUGUAAUGGCAAUUGUCCACUGGAUAAUCUCACACUGCAACUGUACUACAUGACAUUUAAGCAGUGUGCUAAAUAAACGUGGAUUCCACAACAGCUGGUGGUACAAAAUAAACCAAAAAAUUUAUGUUUACAAUAUUUAAACCUACAGCGCUACAGUGUGGCAGACAAAAUGCUGAAUAUUAAUUAAAUUCUUAAUGGUAUUAUAAUUUUGUUAGUUGUGCAUUUUGCUUUUAGUUUCCUGCUACCUAGACUGAAAUGUAUUUAGUUUUUUAUCUUAGAUUUUUUUUUCAUUCUGAGCAUUGCAAAGCUAAAUUAUAAAUCAUGCUCAAACACACAUAAGAGAAAAACUUGAAUAGAGUGGUAUAAUUCAACGAAGAUCGCAAAGUUUCCCAGUGGUUUGAUGUGCUGUCUUUUUAGUUAAUGUAAUUCUUCACUUUUUCCCUCUCAUGGGCAUUUUGAGUCCAAGUCUCACAAAAACUAAUACAGUAAAGAAGUGCAUAUACAAUAUUUUGUAAUGUAAUAUCUGUAAUAUCUAUUACAUUAUUACAUUACAAGAUAUAUUUUGUAAUGUAAUAAUGUAAUAUCUGAGCAUAAAAAAUAUUUUUUUUUAUGCUCCACACUGAAGUAUGGGUAGCAGGCUAACAAGUUACUAAUGGUUACAAUGACCAUUAAUGGCUGUUGCAUUAACCAGACCUCAUAACUUUACUUUCCAUCUUAUGUUUGUAGCAAAUCUCUGCUACAAAAAUGAUUUUACUCAAAGCAGAAGCUGCAAGGCAGCUCGAGAACUCUCCUCUGUACAACAACAACAUUAAAUAAAACCUACAUUAUUUUGGUCAA